AUGUGGGAGGCCGGAAUCGGGGAGCGCUCGAAAUGGCACGGCUACUUCCAGAGCCUUCCCCCGCGCGAGUACCUGCCCAUAUUCUGGUCAAACGAUGAGCUGGCGCUGUUGCAGGGCACCGAGCUUGAGGGCGCAACUGACGAAGACAGGGAUGACACCGAGCAUGACUACGAGACCGUCGUGGCGCCCCUCAUGGCCCGCUACCCAAAGGUCUUCCGCCCCGGGGCCUAUGGGCUGGGCAGCUUCAGGGCGGCUGCAUCGUGGGUCGCCAGCCGCGCCUUUUAUGUUGACUCUUUGCACGGCGAGGGCCUGGUGCCCCUGGCAGAUGCCUUCAACCACAAGGCCUCGGUGGUGGCGCUGGCAGAGGGGUACGAGGUGGGGGAGGUGCUCGACAGGUCAGCAGGGAGGCGCGGCGGCAGCGGCGACGGCAGCGGCGACGGCCGGGACGGCGGCAGCGACGGCGGCAGCGGCGACGGCAGCGACGACGGCAGCGGAAGCGGCAGUGAAGGCAGCAGCGAAGGCGGCAGCGAAGACGGCAGCGGCGACGGCAGCGGCACGGAAGACGAGGAGCAGGAGGAGGAGGAGGACGAGGAGGAGGACGAGGAGGAGGACGAGGAGGAGGAGGAGGAGGAGGGCAACGGCGGCGCUGUCAACGGCGCGGCCGACGCGGGCGCACACCCGGCGUGCGGCGGGCAGGAGUUUGUGGGCGUCGGCGGCGCCCCCCGCUCCGGCAGGCCCGUCAUCCUCAGCUCGUCUGGAGCGACGGAGUGGGAGAGGGACGGGCUGAACCUGCGGCUCGAGAUAGGGAUCUGCAGCGUCGACGACGACGAGGCCCUGCAGCCGUGA